UUAGAACUCUGGGGAAAACUCAAAGAAAAUACAGAGAGUUAAGAGUGCUGAAAGUGCUAGCUUCAAUACCUUCGCUUUGUGAGGGUUGGAGUCUUUUUAUACCGGAGCUCGGUCACAUCAGGUGUAACCUUCGCUUCGUGAAAGUUGUAGGCUACUGCUACUGGCUGCUACUGCAAGGUACGGACUUCGACAGACAUGCCAUGCUUUUUAGAGACGGCAGGCAGAACGCCGCCUGGCAAGUGAUCCGAGCACUAGCACUGGAUCCGGUAGGUACGGAUGUUAGGCAAAUCUCCCUGCAAUCUGCCGAGCUACCGUACACCAAACUACCUGGGGCAGAUUUGUCUUGCACCGAGGUGUCGAGGUACACCGAGGUGGCCACAUUGGAGGUGAGCCUUAAGCAAAUUCGAACAGGAAUCUUGACGGUGUUGCCCCGAGGUGUUUCUCCCUCGGGACACUUAGCCAAAAGCCGGGGUGCAGGGAGCGCUUGGGGCCCCUUAGGAGGGAGCUCGGGUCCCAAGAGGAGCUCGGGCCUUGAGAGGAGUUCGGGAGAUCCCACACUUGGUGGGAGUCAAGGUUGGUCGGGCGCUAGUCCCCGGCGAGUCGCUUAACCCGCCAAGCGGCCAAUGUUGGACUCGGCGGGUCCCUCUUGUCGAGUCACGGUUGUGUUGUUAGGCUGAGCUGUUCGUCGAUCCAGGUCACGCACAAGUGUCCCUAUGCUACGAGGUCGGGCCAAAUCACCCUCCAUCAAUUGCCUCCCACUCCCCGUGCUAGGGGUGCUGACCCAGCGUAGGGAGUUCACGGUGCACUGGGUGGAUUUGGCUCGACACUUAUGCCACCCUAUCGGGCAACCCAUUGGCCAGACCGAUCUGGCGCUCAGUUCACUCGAAAGGAAAAACCCGGGCUGUGUACAACUCACGCGCGGACGUCACGCUAUCUGAACUUCGCGGACGCCAAAAAACGCGCUAAAUUGAUUUCACCUCGUGAGCCUCGCAACCGAUUUUCUUGAGAACCGUCAGAUUGCUUUGAUCUUGACCGUUGGUGCCCGGGCCUAGCAGCUAUAAAUAGUGGGGGACCCUGGUCAUUUUCUUCCACCACUAAGUAUCCUUCGUCUAGCUUGAGCUCGCGUUUGAAGUCUUCAGCUCGGGUCUUCUAACUCGUCCAGUUCUAGUUCGGUUGCGUUUUUUCUCGGUGAGUCCCCGAGCCCCCCUUUCUCCUUUUUCAGUUCAUUUCGUUCAAUGUCUAGCGGGGAUAGUCUCUCAAACGAGCCCGAGGUGGGUACCUCGGGUCAGGGUGACCCUGCUGUUGUCCAGCCUUCCCACGAGGCACGGGUGACCUCGGGUAGGCUGGCGUCCACCUCCCACCGAGGUCGGGUGUGAGAUCAGUUCGGUCCGUCCACUAUGACGCUGGAGAGACUUCAGCACCUCAUCCAACACUUCAACCUACCUCAGGAAUACUUAUAUAGUCUUCCUACUAGCAACUUCCCUUGGGAGCACGGUCUGGAUGAGAUCGUGAUCUUUAGGGAGCAACUCGUCGGUGGGCAUCGUCUCCCUCUUCACCCCCUUAUCCCCGAGGUGUUGAGACGCUUUAACGUCACGUUGGACCAGCUCCACCCAAACUCUAUUUGAAACGUGGUCGGGACUAUCUCCCUUUGUUUCAAAUACAACCUUCCCUUAGAUAUAGAUAUCCUUUGUUCUAUUUUGUCAAUAAAGAAGAGCGCCUUGGGCAUUCUCCCCGAGCACAGGCGGACCUACUAUCUGUCACCUCGCCCGAGCUUCAAAUUGUUACAUAAAUUCCCAAGCAAGGUCCCGGCCUGGAAGCGAGACUACUUUGUAGUCUCAGAGCAGCACGGGGUGGCCCUUCCUUACUAGCUGGAGGGUGGCUACUCAAGACCCCGACAUUACUCUCAACGGGAAGACGAGGGAAACAUUCCGCUCAUGGGCUCAGGUUGAGUUUGAUCACAAAGAUUACAUCGCCGAAGAGAAGCUCAUUCAGGUCGGUUUGAGCCCGGGUAGGUCUAUUUUUACCUUAGCGUCUUGCUUAAUCAGCUAAGUGUUUUCGAGCUUACUGACGCCGAGCUCUAUUGUAGGUCCCAUGGAGGAAGAGAGGAUUACCGGUCAGAGGUCCUUCGCCAAAUGAAGAAGAGGAAGAAGCAAGCCGCCAAGAAGGCGCGCAUAGAGCCCCCAAGUACCCCCACCCCUGAGCCCGACCUCCCACAGGUUCUUUCUUCGGGGCCCGAGCACCCACAGGCUCCCAUCUCGGAGCCCGAGCUCCCUAAUGCCCCUCCAGUGAUUGAUUUGGAGGGGGACUUACCAUCUCAGGGGCCUAUGGUGGCGGCAGAGCCGGUCGUUGAGCCAGCUGGGGCUGCUGCCGAAGUUCCUAAUCCCACCGAGGCUGCUGCUGAGGCUUCCGAAGAAUCGGCUCAUCAUGCUGCUGAGACGACGGUGUCCAGCUUGGGGAGCCAGGAGGAGGAGGAGAGCAUCCUGAUCCCCCAGUGUAGCCUCCAAAAAAGUAAAGGGGCUGUCUACCCCGCAGGGGUUACAGACUGGGCCGAUCUCACCCCUGGUCAACUCGGGGCCCGUGCUGCAACCCACGCUAUGGUGGUGAACACCGCCGUGCACUCGUUGACCCUUCUUCAGUCUGACAAAUAUCUGAAGUGGGCUUUGGCUGCUGAGGAGUCAUCUCGCGUAGCUCAUACUGAUCUGAGGGCAACUCGGUGUAAGAUCCAUCAGUUGGAAGGUGGCGCUGCAGCUCAGAAGAGCUUCAUUGAAGUUCUACUAUCAGAGAAGGAGGAGCUAGCCCGCGAGAGGGACAGGCUGAAGGCUGAGGUGGACGGGCUCAGAGCAGGCCAGGAGGCCUUAAAGCUUGAGGUGGAGAGCCUCAAGGCGGGUCAUGAGGCUUCACAGCUCGAGGUGCAGAAACUUUAGGAAGCCAAGGGGGCCCUAGAGCACGAGGUGGAGUACCUCAAAGCUGAUAUUAAGGAGAAGAUUGAGAUCUUCGAUCAAGCUUUUGGGGAGACGAAGGCCCAAGCCGUCAUCGACUACGUCAAAUCAUCUAGGUUUGACGACGUAAUGUCGUAGGUCUACCGUAGGGGGUUUAAGCUCAGCAAGUGGUUGAUAAGGCAUACAUACCCCGACCUCGACACAAGUGCCAUCACCACCUGGAGGAUCACAGACGACAUGGCCCACUAGUCCAUGGAUGACCCAGACUCCAAAGAGGAGGGUGGCGAUGAGGAGGCUGGUGCUACCGACCUGGCUAACACCCUCGAAGAGGCUCCGAGUGAAGUCGACAAGCCUUCGAAGUAGUUGUGUGCUCCUUGUACUCUGGGCCUGCGAGCUCAGUUUUACUUUCUCUUUUUCUUGAUCCUUUGUACUGAGGUUUUCGUAAUGGAAGCACGUAUUAUGUAAUGAAAGUACAUAUUUUGCCAAGUGUUUGUGUAAUUCUCUUCUACCGAAGUGUUUGUCUUAUCCCGAGCUAUCGAGCUAGCAAGUUUAGUUCUUGAGGUGGGCGUCCCUUUACCGCUGUCACCCCGAACUGUUUCUCUGUACUUAGUAGGGGUGACCAUAAGAUUUUACAACAUACGCCGAGGGGGACAUAGUAAGGCGCGUGCCCGACCUGUCUACUUGGCUACUUAGGUUGGUGUUUACCCCUAUCAGCGUAUACCGAGGUAGGCUAAGCGUCAGGGAGUUCGUACCCGUGACGCCUUUUGUCCUUGGCAUACUAAGCCUAUGCUGGCGAGACGGUUAAGUCAUGCAUAGCGCCGAGGUCUUCAGUUAGCUCGGCGCGUUGGCCCUUAGGCUAGAGGGAGCGACUCGUGGUCUACUCAGUUCGGUGAUAUAUGGGUAAUAUUGUCUUAGGUUGACAAUAUUCCACGCUCGAGGUACUUGUCUCCCUUCUAGGGUCUCGAGCUUGUACGUUCCUUUCCCGAGCACUCGCUCGGUAGGGUCCUUCCCAGUUCGGCCUAAGCUUGCCAACACUGGGCUCAGG